AUGCCGCUCCCGUCGGCCAUUGGCGAUCCGCUUGAGGACGCCUUUUACCGCCUCGCCACGUUUGGCCACACUCGCCCGAAGCUCUUCGCUGCCGCUUCUGCGUCCCUUGUCGGCGUGCUGUUGCUGCUGCCCCCGGCCUACCGCUCCUACCGCGGCUACCUUGCGCUCGGGCCCGGCGGCAUCUCCCACAACGUCUGGGGAUGGCUCUACCAAGGCAUGGGCCAACUCUUUGCCCUCCGCGAUCCCCGCAGCACCAGCGACUUUGAGAAACCGUCGCCGGCCGUCAUUGCUCGCUACGGCGGCAGCGCGCGCGCCCAAAAGUCGUACCUGGACAUCGACACGACCCUGCCCGCACGCCAGGGGCCGCGGCCCACCAUUCCGGGCUACACGGCGCCCCAGCGGCAGACAACCGAUAUCGCGAGCGAUCCAGCCGCGACGCGCGCAGCCCAGGAGGCGUUCCUCGAGGCCGUAGCGGCGGCGAAUCCGGACCUGCUUGAGAUCCGGCCGUCGGCGCUCGAGGGGAACGAGACACCUGCGCUGUGGGCCAAGGACGCCGUGAUACUGGGCGCCAAGUGGUCGGACCCCGAUCCGACCAAACCCAAAAACCAGAAUCGGGACCAGGACCAGGACCAGACGUCUACCAAGGGCGACAAAACGGACAAGGAAAAGGUCAAAUUUCCCCGGGCUCCCGUCGAGAUCUGCCACGCCCACCCCGAGGCGAGCUCGCACAUGCAGUUCAGCUUCGGCGAUGCCUAUUGGGUCGUCAAGGCCGGUUGGGGCGAGCGCCAUCUGAUGGCCGGCAGCCCGGCCGCCCGCAUCCCACCGACCUACCUGAUUGUCUAUGUCCCGCGGGACGAGCGGGAGCUUCAGGUCUGGAAGGAGCUGGUUAUGGCCGCGGUUCGGUUCUCCGUCGGCGAGGACGUGGAUGUCAACGACGUCAAGAAGUAG